AUGAGUCGUAAGCAGCAGGUUCUUGAGCUUUGCGACAAGGUCCACAGGGAUCUCAAGCUCGCCGGCCUUCCAACGGACGGGUGCGCUACUGACGGCACGGAGCACUCAAGCAUUGCGGCGAUGUGGUCUUCGGAGCUUGGUUUUGGACCCAUGCAGGCGCUACCGGCGGGGGGGGGUGAGGCGACAGGCACCACCACCCCACCAGAAAAAAUCGGCGACAAGUCUGCAAAAGCGCGGCCUCAAUCCACAAAACCAGCGUCUAGCAACAGCACCGGCGGCGACGGCGGUGGCGGAGCAGUGCAAUGGUACGAGCGAGCGUACGACUACUGGGAAGACGGCGACAACUGUCCGGUUGAUGAUGACGGAGUCCUGGGCGGCUACGGACACAUAUCCCCCACCGACAUAGCUGGCUCGGCGGCGUUUCUGGACGAGCUCAAGAGGAUGAGACCUCUCCUUGGCGACGAAACCGCGGCAGAUUGUGGCGCGGGCAUCGGCAGGGUCACCAAGCACUUGCUGCUCGAUCGGUUCGACACCGUCGACAUCGUGGAGCAGAGCCCGCGGCUCAUCCAGGCCGCGCCCAAGUACGUGGGGCGAGAUAGAGAUCGCACGACGUGCGUGUGCGUCGGUCUGCAGGACUUCUUCCCCCCGGAGGACAGCUACGACCUCGUCUGGAUCCAGUGGGUGGUCGGACACUUCACGGACGUGGACCUCCUCAAGCUUCUCGCCCGGUGCCGGUCGGCGCUCCGAAAGGGCGGGCUCAUCGUGGUCAAGGACAACGUCAUCGGGCAAGGGGAGGGGGCCUUCAAGGUGGACAGCGAGGACAGCAGCAUGACGCGGUCGCUGGGCUACUUCCGGAGCCUGUUCAACCACGGCGGGGUGAGGGUGGUGCACCAGACGCGACAGGACGGCUUCCCCGGGGAGCUGUUCCCCGUGUAUAUGUUCGCGCUAGAGUAGUAGUAGGUCGUAGUGCAUGUAUCCGUCGCAGCGCGCGGCUAGCCACACACACGCACGUGGUGGGCGUUUCCCAUGCUGUGCUAUUACCUGUAGUAUAUGCGUACGAUGUCUAGGGGGGCGCGGGAGUGGGUACCUUU